AUGGAAGCAAACAAUUAUGCUUACGAGUGUGAUGUCACUUCUAGCGGAAUGUAUGGACACUGCGACUAUUGUCACCGUUAUCCUCCUUCGACUACGGAAGUCAGCGGCGCUAGACUCUGUUGGAACUGCUUUCAUGAGAAGUACCCAGGAGUUCAAGCAGAAUUCCAAGUCUCCGAUGCCACUUUCAAAUGCCUGGGCGAAUACUGCGAGGAAGAAAGCCUCUCUUAUCGUCAGUAUAUUGCUGGAUCUUGCUGUUCGGUCGCCUUGAAUUUUACAGUUUGCAAUGUGUCCGACACAGCUUUCUUUGAAAUCACGAAAUUGUAUAAAGAAUCAAGGAGAGAGCAAGAGUCCGCUGAGAAAGAGUCGAUGGCAGCUGAAGAAGAGCUCGAAGACGCGGAAAAUGAGGUUGAAAAAAUAAGAAAGUCCCUCAUAAAGGCAAAGGCAACGGUCAAAUUUGCGAAACGAAAAGCUAACGCUGCUGAAAAGAAUCUCAAAGAAAGACGAAAUUGGAGUGAGACGGUUAGAAAACGUGCUCUUGUCGUUGCGAAUGAUGCUCUAGGAUAUGAUGUUUCUUCUCAUGACGCCUGCGAGAUAAAGAAAGAAGAAGAAGAGACCGAGAUGCACGAAUGCAGACUGUGCUAUAAUCCUUACGGCGAUGAGCGACCUGAAGCCGUCGUUAUUCCAUGCGGAUACAAAGCCUGCUUCAACUGCCUAUCGACUCUCCCGCGGAAAGUAUGCCCUCACUGCCGAGCAGAGUUCACUGACGACAAACUUCUCAAGCUCCACUGA